GGAGGCACUGGGGCUCUGCAGGGGAAAUGUGGAAAGUGCGCAUGCGCCAAAACCGGGGCGAGAGGGAUCCUUCGGCUCUCUUCGGCCCUUCCCGGCCUCUUUCAUCCUCUUUCGGCUCUUUCCGUCCUCACUCGUCCCUUUCGUCCUCCCCUCGUCCCUUUCCGCCUCCCCUCGGCCCUUUCCGUGCCCUCUCGGCCCUCUCCGCCCGCUCCCCUCAGUGCCGGUGCGAUGGCCGGCGGUCGCCGCUCUCCGCCCGCUCCGUGCUGCCCGGGGCGGGUGGCGAUGCCCGCUCCGUGCUGCCCGGGGCGGGUGGCCGUGCCCAGCGUGCACCAGAGCCUGUCCGAGAUGGACUUCGAGCGGGGGAUCUGGGCGGCGGCGCGGGACGGGGACGAGGCGCGGGUGCUGCAGCUGCUGGAGCGGAGCGGGGACCCCGCGGAGCCCGACCAGGCGGGGUACACGGCCCUGCACUACGCCAGUCGGAACGGGCACCUGGCCGUGUGCCGGCUGCUGCUGGAGCGGGGGGCUCCGUGCGACGCCCGCACCCCCGGCGGGGCCACGCCGCUGCACCGCGCCUGCUACUGCGGCCACCGCGCCGUCACCGAGCUGCUGCUGGCACACGGCGCCGACCCCGCGGCCACGGACAGCGACGGCAGAACCGGCCUGCACAAGGCGGCCGAGCAGGGGCACCGCGAGCUCUGCGCCCUCCUCCUGCGCCACCGCCCGGACCUCGCCGCCGUCCGCGAUGCGCGGGGCCGCAGCCCGCGGGACGGGGCCCACCCGGCCGUGUGCGACCUGCUGGACACCUGAGGGGACCCGGGACAGCCGGGCCUGGGCCCGGUCACUGUCCCGGUUCCGGUCCCGCCGCCUCACGCCGCUCCCGCUUCCGUGUUCCGCCACCGCGCCCCGCCCAUCGCCCUCUGAACCAAUCACCUCCCGCCUUCCUCCGAGGUCCCGUCUCCCUCCCCCCCUCAGCCAAUCACCGCCAGCCUUUUAGGCGGUCCCGCCCCUCGGGCCAGCGCAGCCAAUCACCGCCCGCGCUGCCCCGCGGGGGCGGAGCCUCGCCGUACAAACAACCCGUGUUGGGGGGGGAUUUAAAGGCGCCGCGUCCUUUAAAGCGGCCCCGGUACCCGGGAGCCCCGCGCGGCACCGAGCACGCCCAGGUACAGAUAUAGAAUUUUUAUUAACCCAUCUGGCAGAAAAAAAAAAAAAAACCCUGAAAAAAGCCCCCUGAAAUCAAAUUCCACGGUGGGUUUCACACCGGGGGGGAGGAAAAGGGGAGGGGCAGAACCGGGAGGGGGAGGCCCGGCCCCCCCCAGGAAUACAAAUCAAACCUGAACAAUAAAUAGGAAUUCCCGGGGGGGUUGGGGAGGAAAAGGAGGGGUUUUGCAUAGAGGAAGAUUUAAUAAAAAAAGUUGUUGGUUUUUUUUUUUUCUU